GGCCGGCUCCUCCCUGCGCACAAACCCGGCCGCGCCGCGCCGGGCGUGCGGAGACGCCGCCGCCGCUCCCGCGCUACUUAAGCGGGGAGGGCGCAGCCCGGCAGCCCCGCGGGGGGAUCCGGCGUGUGGGGGGAAAGUGAUCGUAGUAAUAGUCGUCCAUCUAUAAGAGAACGAGAAAAGCAGAGCCGAGAUGCUCCGUCCGUGACCCGCCAGCGGGGUGGGGAGGGGCAGGUUGUGAAUCCGCCAAACACCUGAGAAAUAAAGCACGACCGAACAAUUUCGAGGCGGGCGGGGAAGGGGGGGCGAAAAGUUUGCCGGAGCUCGGGCGUCUCCGGGGGGGCGGGCGCGAUGCCGCCCUGGCUGCUCAGCAGCCUCUGCUGCGUGCUGGCGGCGCGGGCGGCGCUGGGCGGCGGCCCCGCGGGCGAGGAGGAGGAGGAGGAGAAGCUGAUCCGGGUGCUGGUGCUGCUGCCGCAGGACGACGCCUACCUCUUCUCGCUGGGGCGGGUGCGGCCGGCCAUCGAGUACGCGGUGCGGAGCCUGCGGGAGAGCGGCGCGGGUCUGCCGCCCGGCUACGCCUUCCAGCUCACCUACGAGGACUCGGCGUGCGGCAACCGCGCCCUGUUCAGCCUGGUGGACAUGGUGGCCCUGCAGCGCCGCCGCCCCGACCUGCUGCUGGGGCCGGUGUGCGAGUACGCGGCGGCGCCGGUGGCGCGGCUGGCCGCGCACUGGGACGUGCCCAUGCUGUCGGCGGGCGCGCUGGCCGCCGGCUUCGGCGCCAAGGGCGGCGAGUACUCGCACCUCACCCGCGUCGCGCCCGCCUACGCCAAGAUGGGAGAGAUGCUGCUGGCCCUUUUCCGCCACCACCAGUGGAACCGGGCCACGCUGCUCUACAGCGACAGCAACCCCGAGCGCAGCUGCUACUUCGCCAUGGAGGGCGUCCAUGUGGUGUUCCAGGAGGAGGCUUUCCACAUGGCCGUGCACAGCUUCGACGAGACCAGCCGGCACCUCGACAUCGACGACGUCGUCCGCGCCCUCCAGACGGGAGAGAGGGUUGUAAUCAUGUGUGCCAGUGGUGACACUAUCAGGAACAUCAUGUUGGCUGCUCAUCGGCAAGGAAUGACCAACGGGGACUAUGCUUUCUUCAAUAUUGAACUCUUCAACAGCUCAUCAUAUGGAAAUGGCUCCUGGAGAAGAGGAGACAAACAUGACCUUGAAGCCAAGAAAGCAUACUCAUACCUCCAAACUGUCACUCUGCUGAGGACUGUGAAGCCUGAGUUUGAGAAGUUUUCCCUGGAGGUGAAAAGUUCUGUUCAGAAGCAAGGUCUUCAUGAAGAUGACUAUGUGAACAUGUUUGUGGAAGGAUUCCAUGAUGCUAUUCUUCUUUAUGCUCUAGCUUUACAGGAAGUCCUGAAGAUUGGUUUCAGUAAGAAAGAUGGGGAAAAAAUUGUUCAGCAAACACGGAACAGAACAUAUGAAGGCAUUGCAGGGCAGGUGUCCAUUGAUGCCAAUGGAGACAGAUAUGGGGAUUUCUCUGUGAUUGGAAUGACGGACCCGGAGGCAGGCACACAGGAGGUGAUCGGGGACUACUAUGGAAAGCAGGGGCGGUUUGAAAUCCGAUCGAAUGUGAAAUACCCGUGGAACCACGGCAGGCUGCGCCUAGAUGAAAGCAGAGUUUCAGAGCACACGAACAAUACACCGUGUAAAUCAUCAGGUGGUCUAGGAGAAUCAGCAGUUACAGGAAUAGUUGUGGGCGCCUUGCUUGGAGCAGGAUUGCUAAUGGCUUUUUACUUCUUCAGAAAGAAAUACAGAAUAACUAUUGAGAGACGAACUCAACAGGAGGACUGUAACAUGGGGAAACAUCGGCAGUUACGUGAAGACUCCAUUAGAUCUCAUUUUUCUGCUGCAUAAAGAAGAAGAUGAAAAGGAAUCCCAUUCUUCCUAGGGAAAAGAAAGAAUUAGAGAAAAGGAUACAACCAAAGACAUCAGUGUAAAAAGAAGAAGCUCUUGAAGAACUCACUCUUUAAGCAGUAAUUUUGUCUUAAUUUCUUUCAGAAGCUCAGGAAUGAUUUACUAAUCGCGUUAUGCCGCAUGGCCUUUCAUCUCAUGAGAAAAGAAAAUUAUGCAGUUUGAUGUUAUAGGAUGUACUUAAUAUGUAAAAACAGUAUUUCCUAAGGCAUAUAUUAAGGCUAGCAGAUGUUGGUUUAGUUGAUGGGGAAUGCCUCAUUUUGUUCCUUUUUUGUUUUUGUUUUUUUUUUUAGCUUCUACCACCUCCUUCCAUAUUUGUAUCUCACCCAUGGGUAUCAAAUAUGGUUUCAGAGACACAGGUGCUGGUUGCUGUCAAAAGGAAAAAAGGGAUUGGUUUGGGGUAUGAUCCUACAUCACUGAAUCACUGACAUUGAUAACAGGGGAUAUGAAAGUUGGUGUACGGGCCUUAGUUCUGGGAGAGAACUGGCACUUCGUUCUAAUUCCUCUGAGAAAGUCAGGCAGGUGGAAACACACAAACCAUUCUUUCCUUGUUUGUGUGGUGUCACAAUCCAAAGCACUUUUUGUCCCUCUUAGCUGGUGGGACUUAGGAAAAACUCCAGUGAAGGAUGAGGAGUUUCACACAUGUGAAAUAGAGACGGAGAAGACAAUCAGAUCUCUGGAGAGGACUGAUUAAUUCCUCAGUCUUAUAUGUGCUUUGCCACACUCUUCUUUCCACUGCCAUGACUUUUCAGAGGGGCAGAUGUAGUCCGUGUCAAGCCUGCUCCUGUUUCUAGUGAAGUCAAUGGCAAAAUCCCAUUAACUUCAGUGAGCACAGGACUGCAUCCAUAACUGUAAAUAUGAAAGUGUUUGUAUAGCUGAUGCAAUUCAAAAGGGGAUUUUUUUUGUGUAUAAAAAUGACAUUCCAUGCAGCCAUUUUAUUUUUUAGGAUAUUUUUAAUCUUGUAUUUUUCUAUUAAAGUAUCUAUUUUUGCUUUGGUAGGAUUAAAAAUUAAGGAAGAGGAUGUUUUGAAGACAUAUUUUGUAUGAUAGGAGUAAUAUGCAGGGAAAGUCAACAGCUGUAAAUACAUUUCAGAACCAGUAUUUAGGGGAGGAGAAAUGACUUUGUGGAUGGUAAUAGAAUUUUUUCCCAACUUUUUUCUCCAGUCUUAUGCAACAUUCAAAUAGUUACUCAAAAAACACAAAUGCAGUUAUUGAAUUGUCUCUGUGAUGAUCACCCUGAUGCUGUAAAUAAUGCAUUUUUCACAUGUUAAAGAGUCCUAUAGAAGUCAGUGAGAGUUAACCAUCCAUGUGUAUACAAUUAAACACCCAUGGAACUACCUUCAGGAAUCAUGUGUUAAAACACUCUUUGAGGCUGACUUUAAUCCUGCUGCCAUCAGUACCCUGGAAAUUCUGCCAUUUAUUGUACCAGGAGAAAAACUGAAUCUGUGUUGAAUUAGCUACUGACAGGUUAUUUUAUACUAGACAAAGGAGAGCUUUGCACUUUCUAGUCAACAAAUGGAAAUUAACUGUACUUACUGCAAAUGUGGUGAAGAAGAUCCACAAAAGUGUUGUCAGUGGGAAAACAGAGCUAUGACUCUGAUUCUAAGAGUCUGUUAAAUAUUUUGGUUUAUUCUAUUCUGAUUUCAUAAGCAGAGCUUUCUGGUCUGAGCAGUUCUAGCCAAACUUGAAAGUUAAUCUCAAAUCUGGCUCUGAAGCCUGAUUUAUACAAAACUUCUAGGCCCUGAAAGUCAGUUGGCCAGGCUACCAACUCUGAGAAACCACUUUGGGAUACCUGGGAGUGAAUAGCAAGAACUCGCUGUGUCUGCUUUCUGCCACCUUUUAUUUGUUGUUGGACAUGGGUUUUCCCCUUACAUUUAAAUUUAUUCCUAGCAUAUGGAGGGUUCAUCACCUGCCCUUGUGAUAUACUGUCCUAUGUCCCGGGUAGCCAGAGAGCAAAGCUUCCUGACUGUCAGGGCAGCUCCACUACAGGAAAUGGAUUUCCAGCAUCCAUUUCCCAGUCUGGGCCUGUGUGACCUCUACAAAGGUGCUUUAGCCAAAGCAGCACCGAUCAGUGGACAGUUUUCUGAAGUAUUCUCCUUAUUUCAUGGGCACCAGAAGUAGUCUAGAGCAGCAUUCUUACUGAUUAGUUU